UUCCUGUCCAGCUGUUUGUCUAACGAGAUGGGGAUUGUCUGGAUCGUAACUUUAUCUCUCCUGGGGGAACUUUCAGAUGCUCUUUAUAUGCCGAAAUUUCUAUGCGUCCCUCCAUAUGUGGCCUUUGAUGGUAGUUGCAUCAUUACUACCACCAGUAAGCCCCGGAUUUUGCCUUGCUCAGGAAACAGUUCCAAUAAAUCAUCGGUUUCGGAAAAAGAUACAACUGAAAUAAGCACUGAGGUAACGCCUUGGAACUCAAUUGGCCCACCUAGAAAAACGGAAGCUCCAUCAACCGAGAUACCUGGCAAAAUACCGUCGAUAAGUCCUGAAAAUUCGACAAGUCCGCCAAUUUCCACCACCGAGAGACCUGGAGUAAUUGUAUCGAUAAGUCCAGGAAUUUCGAUUAGCCCACAAGAGCCACCGCAAACAUCCUCCCCCUUGGGUGUACAAUCAACAACCAUUUCUUCGAUACCUGAUAAAACAUCGACGACAAGUCCUGGAACUUCGACAGGCCCAACAAAUUUCACCACCAAGAGACCUGGGUUAAUAGUAUCGGAAGGUCCAGGAACUUCGAUUAGCCCACAAGAGCCACCGCAAACAUCCUCCCCCUUGGGUGUACAAUCAACAACCAUUUCUUCGAUACCUGAUAAAACAUCGACGACAAGUCCUGGAACUUCGACAAUCCCGCCAAUUUCCACCACCGAGAGACCUGGGGUAAUAGUAUCGGAAGGUCCAGGAAUUUCGAUUAGCCCACAAGAGCCACCGCAAACAUCCUCCCCCUUGGGUGUACAAUCAACAAUCGUUUCAUCGAUACCUGGUAAAAUAUCGACGAUAAGUCCUGGAACUUCGACAAGCCCACCAAUUUCCACCACCGAGAGACCUGGGGUAAUUGUAUCGAUAAGUGCAGGAAUUUCGAUUAGCCCACAAGAGCCACUGCAAACAUCCUCCCCCGUGGAUGUGCAAUCCACAACCAUUCCUACGAUACCUGGUAAAAUAUCGACGAUAAAUCCAGGAAAUUCGACAAGCCUGCCAAUUCUCCUCACAGAGAGACCUGGGGUAAUAGUAUCGGAAGGUCCAGGAACUUCGAUUAGCCCUCAAGAGCCACCGCAAACAUCCUCCCCCGUGGGUGUACAGUCAACAACCAUUUCUUCGAUACCUGAUAAAACAUCGACGACAAGUCCUGGAACUUCGACAGGCCCAACAAAUUUCACCACCAAGAGACCUGGGGUAAUAGUAUCGGAAGAUCCAGGAACUUCGAUUAGCCCACAAGAGCCACCGCAAACAUCCUCCCCCUUGGGUGUACAAUCAACAACCAUUUCUUCGAUACCUGAUAAAACAUCGACGACAAGUCCUGGAUCUUCGGCAGGCUCUCCAAAUUCCACCACAAAGAGACCUUGGGUAAUAGUAUCGGAAGGUCCAGGAAUUUCGAUUAGCCCACAAGAGCCACCGCAAACAUCCUCCCCCUUGGGUGUACAAUCAACAAUCGUUUCAUCGAUACCUGAUAAAACAUCGACGACAAGUCCUGGAACUUCGGCAGGCCCUCCAAAUUCCACCACAAAGAGACCUGGGGUAAUAGUAUCGGAAGGUCCAGGAACUUCGAUUAGCCCACAAGAGCCACCGCAAACAUCCUCCCCCUUGGGUGUACAAUCAACAACCAUUUCUUCGAUACCUGAUAAAACAUCGACGACAAGUCCUGGAACUUCGGCAGGCCCGCCAAAUUCCACCACCAAGAGACCUGAAGUAUUGGUAUCGAUAAGUCCAGGAAUUUCGAUUAGCCCACAAGAGCCACCGCAGACAUCCUCCCCCGUGGGUGUACAACCAACAACCGUUUCUUCGAUACCUGAUAAAACAUCGACGAUAAGUCCUGGAACUUCGACAAUCCCGCCAAUUUCCACCACCGAGAGACCUGUGGUAACAGCAUCGAUAAGUCCUGGAAAUUCAAUUAGCCCUCAAGAAACCUCGCAAACAUCCACCCCCGUGAAUUUACGUCCAACAACUAUUUCAUCGAUUCCUGUUAUAACAAAUUCGGAGGUCACUGCUCCUAGCAUUGAAAAACCAAAAAUACCUUCACCCAGUAUUCCUGAAAUAUUGCCGAUAAAUCUUACAGUCCCUGACACAUCUCAAUUGAUUGACAGUAUUUUAAAUGGUGUAAAACUACCGAUAAUUCCGAUUCCCGGGGGUCUGCCGUCACUAAAAAUUCCUCCGCUACCCAACAUUCCUGGAACUCCUUAUAUUGAUAAAAUAAAGAUACCAGGGAUUCCCUCUUUCGGUGGUAUGUCUCCACCAAAAAUUCCUCCGCUACCCAACAUUCCUGGACCUCCUCAUAUUGAUAAUAUAGAGAUACCAGGGAUUCCCUCUUUCGGUCGUCUCCCUUCACUUAAAUUUCCUCCGCUACCCAACAUUCCUGGAACUCCUUAUAUUGAUAAAAUAAAGAUACCAGGGAUUCCCUCUUUCGGUGGUAUGUCUCCACCAAAAAUUCCUCCGCUACCCAACAUUCCUGGACCUCCUCAUAUUGAUAAUAUAGAGAUACCAGGGAUUCCCUCUUUCGGUCGUCUCCCUUCACUAAAAAUUCCUCCGCUACCCAACAUUCCUGGAACUCCUUAUAUUGAUAAAAUAAAGAUACCAGGGAUUCCCUCUUUCGGUGGUAUGUCUCCACCAAAAAUUCCUCCGCUACCCAACAUUCCUGGACCUCCUCAUAUUGAUAAUAUAGAGAUACCAGGGAUUCCCUCUUUCGGUGGUAUGUCUCCACCAAAAAUUCCUCCGCUACCCAACAUUCCUGGAACUCCUUAUAUUGAUAAAAUAAAGAUACCAGGGAUUCCCUCUUUCGGUGGUAUGUCUCCACCAAAAAUUCCUCCGCUACCCAACAUUCCUGGACCUCCUCAUAUUGAUAAUAUAAAGAUACCAGGGAUUCCCUCUUUCGGUGGUAUGUCUCCACCAAAAAUUCCUCCGCUACCCAACAUUCCUGGACUUCCUCAUAUUGAUAAUAUAAAGAUACCAGGGAUUUCCUCUUUCGGUGGUAUGUCUCCACCAAAAAUUCCUCCGCUACCCAACAUUCCUGGAACUCCUCAUAUUGAUAAUAUAAAGAUACCAGGGAUUCCCUCUUUCGGUCGUCUCCCUUCACUAAAAAUUCCUCCGCUACCCAACAUUCCUGGAACUCCUCAUAUUGAUAAUAUAAAGAUACCAGGGAUUCCCUCUUUCGGUGGUAUGUCUCCACCAAAAAUUCCUCCGCUACCCAACAUUCCUGGAACUCCUCAUAUUGAUAAUAUAAAGAUACCAGGGAUUCCCUCUUUCGGUGGUAUGUCUCCACCAAAAAUUCCAGCGCUACCCAACAUUCCUGGAACUCCUUAUAUUGAUAAAAUAAAGAUACCAGGGAUUCCCUCUUUCGGUGGUAUGUCUCCACCAAAAAUUCCUCCAAUACCCAGCAUUCCUGGAAUUCCUAGUAUUGAUACAUUAAAGAUACCACGGAUUUCCCCUCUCGGUGGUCUGUCUCCACCAAAACUUUCUUCGAUACCCAGCAUUCGUGGAAUUCCUAGUAUUGAAGAUCUAAAGAUACCACGGAUUCCCCCUGUCGGUGGUCUGUUUCUACCAAAAAUUCCUUCCAUACCUGGCAUUUUCGGAAUUCCUAGUAUUAAAAAUCCGAAGAAACCACGGAUUACCCCUCUGGGUGGUCUGUCUCCACCAAAACUUCCUUCGAUACCUAGCAUUCCUGGAAUUCCUAGUAUUGAAAACCUACAUAUACCACGGAUUUCUCCUCUCGGUGGUCUGUUUCUACCAAAAAUUCCUUCGAUACCUGGCAUUUUUGGAAGUCCUAGUAUUGAAAAUGCAAAGAUACCACGGAUUUCCCCUCUCGGUGGUCUGUCUUCACCAAAACUUCCUUGGAUACCUAGCAUUCCUGGAAUUCCUAGUAUUGAAAACCUACAGAUACCACGGAUUCCUCCUCUUGCUGGUUUGUCUCCACUAAAAAUCCCUUCGAUACCUAGUAGGAAAAAUUCGCAGAUCAAUAUACCAAAAAUUGACUCUACCGGUGGUCUGUCUCCACCAAAAAUUCCUUCGAUACCUGGAAUUCCUAAUUUUGCAAAUCCAGGGAGACAACGGAUUCCCCCUCUAGGAGUGUUUAGCCCACCAAAAGCGCCAGCGAUUCCACAAGUAAUGGAUCCCAGGAUCAUAGUUCCCAAGCUUCCGGUGUUGCCCAAAUUGGUAAAUUAUCCUAAUGACAUAAAUUUGGAUAAUAUUAUUCCCAAAGACCUAUUUAACUAAACCCUUAUUCGUAAGGAUAACGGGUAUUUAGUUAAUAGUGUACAACCAAAAACUCUGUCAGUUGACAUUGAGGAGGAGAAUAAAUAAAUAUUGCUCAA